AAAGUUAACUAGUCUCUGCUUUCUACUAGUAUGUGUGUGAGAGAGCAACAAAUCCCAACCUCUCUUGAUCUUCUUAAAAAACGCACCCUAUUCUUCCAUAUUUGCAUCGCAUUUGUUCUUGAAUCUCUUUGUAUCCCCAGGGUCUCUUAGAGAGAGAGAGAGAGAGAGAAGGAGGGAGGGAGGGAGAGAAUGUUCCAUACCAAGAAACCCUCAACUAUGAAUUCCCAUGAUAGACCCAUGUGUGUUCAAGACUCUGGUCUUGUCCUCACCACAGACCCUAAGCCCCGUCUCCGCUGGACUGUUGAGCUCCAUGAACGCUUUGUGGAUGCUGUAGCUCAGCUUGGAGGCCCUGACAAGGCCACUCCAAAAACCAUCAUGAGAGUCAUGGGUGUGAAGGGUCUUACCCUUUACCACCUCAAAAGCCAUCUUCAGAAAUUCAGACUUGGAAAGCAACUACACAAAGAAUUCAAUGAUCAUUCAAUCAAGGAUGCUUCGGCGUUAGAUCUUCAACGAAGCGGAGCAUCUUCAUCCGGCAUGAUUAGCCGCAGUAUGAAUGAGAUGCAAAUGGAGGUGCAGAGAAGACUGCACGAACAAUUAGAGGUUCAAAGACACCUUCAAUUAAGGACUGAAGCUCAAGGAAAAUAUAUACAAAGUUUGUUGGAGAAAGCUUGCCAAACCCUAGCAGGUGAUCAAGACUUGGCUUCUGGAAGCUACAAGGGAAUUGGGAAUCAAGGAGUUCCUGAUAUGGGUGCAAUGAAAGACUUUGGUCCGCUUAAUUUUCCACCAUUUCAAGACCUUAACAUUUAUGGGAGUGGCCAGCUUGACCUUCUACACAAUAUGGAUAGGCCAUCACUUGAUGGUUUCAUGUCCAACAAUCAUGACGACAUUUUUUUGGGAAAGAAGAGGACUAAUCCUUAUGCUGGUAGUGGCAAGAGCCCUUUGAUUUGGUCGGACGAUCUGCGUUUGCAAGAUUUGGGAUCGGGACUGUCAUGUCUUGGACCUCAUCAAGAUGAUCCUUUGAAAGGUGACCAGAGCCAGAUUGCACCACCAUUAAUGGAUAGUGGCACUGAUCUGGAUUCGUUAUCCGAUUUAUAUGAAACAAAGCCAGUACAUCAGGGUGAUGCACUGGAUGAAAAGAAAUUGGAAGCAUCAGCAAAGACUGAAAGGCCAUCACCAAGAAGAGCACCACUUGCAGCAGACAGGUUGAGCCCUAUGAUCAAUACCGGUGCCAUGCCACAAGGCAGAAACUCACCAUUUGGUUGAAGCUGACUUAUGAAUUAUGUAGAUGUAAGUGACAUGAUAUUAAUUAUUAAGCUCUUAUAAGUAUGAGAUGUAGGGUUUUUGGACUGGAAAUUAAGUUACUAGCAAUUUAUUAAAUUAGGGUUUCUACUCUGAGCUAACAGUACAAUGCCAUGUGUGGAAAACAAUCCAGUCAAAUUGUGAUGAAUUGACAAAGUACAUUAAAAUUGCACUUGUUUUGGCACUUGGUUUCAAUUCUUAAUUUUA